AUGUCAACCGAAGAUCCACCCCAGAUGCUAUUCUUCGAUAUCCUUGGUACAGUGGUGGAAUGGAGACGCUGUAUCGCAAAUGAAUUUAGCAAGACUGCGCAGACUGCCAUUCAAGACACACGAAGGAACGUCGGGUCUGAGCUGCGAGACGAUGUAUCCUCUCUGGAUAUGGCAGACUGGUUGAGUCUUGCCGAGGAAUGGCAUCGAUCAUAUAUGGAAUUCGGAAACAGUUUCAAUUCAUCUCGAUCAUUCAUUUCGGUUGAUGAACACAAUCGGGCUUCACUCGAGGAGCUCAUCAUAAAGCGAGGUCUACGACCUCUAUUCAACGACGAAGAUCUGACACAAUUGACUUUCACUUGGCAUCGACUCGAUCCCUGGCCUGAGGCCGUUGCGGGCCUACUUCUUCUCAAGAGCAGCUUCACAACAUCUACACUCUCAAAUGGCAACGUUUCUUUGCUGGAGGAUCUUCAAUCCCAUGGGUCUCUAGUUUUCACUCAUAUCACUAGCGCCGAGCACUUUGGUGCAUAUAAGCCAUCACCGGAGGUUUAUCGUGGGGCCGCCAAGAGAUUUGGGUUAGAAACUUCGCAGUGUGGCAUGGUUGCGGCACACCUCGAAGAUUUGCAGGCAGCCAAGAAGUGUGGUUUCAAAACGAUUUAUGUCGAACGAGAAAUGGAAGAAGCAUGGAGCAGUGAGGAGGUCCUCUGGGCAAAGCGGAAUGGGGUUGUCGAUAUUUGGGUCAGUGAUACUGGCAAUGGUUUGAUAGAAGUGGCGCACCGGCUUGGAGUCGAGCGGGACUUCUGA